CGGAAGCUAGUGGAGGGGUGGGUGUCAGCAGUAGAGGAGCAGAGGGAGUAAAACCUGCGUGUGCUGCGCUGGGAUUUCCCGGCCGGAGAGGGUACCCUGGGGGAGCUCGGGGUCGGGGCGGAGGUGGUGGUGGUGGCCAGAGAGUCCGUGCUGCUUCUCUCGCAGCGCAAAAGCGAGCAGUUGAUUGCUGUAAGGAAAAAGGGUACAAAGGAUGUGAUAGAGGCCGAUGAGUGUGAGAGCAGCGCCGAGGAAAACCCACAGCGGAGGACGACGAGUGGUGUCAUAAAGCAAAGCUGAGCCGCGCGGGGCCGAGAGAGUAGUAGGGAGGCGGAGGGAGCAGCAGCAGCAGCAGCAGCGAGCCGACCCGAGCAGAGCCGAGAGAGAGGGGAGAGGAGAGGAGUGGAAGGAAGGAAGGAAUGACGAGUGGGGACCUCAGAAGGCCUAAUCAAACUCAUCACACUCGAACAGCACUCUGUUCGACGUAAUAGAGAGGGGGAACAGUACGCCACCUUUGAUGCACACGUCAUUCUGAGAGGUUUAGGGAAAGUGUUUUUUUCCCCCUUUGGCUACUCUUCUUUUUAUCCCUUUCCUUUGAAUGCCAACCUGCAAUCACUGAGAGAAUAAGAAGUGAGAGACGCAACAGCGGCAAUAGUUGCUUACUCACCACUGCCAUGGUCUCUGUAGGAGGAGAAAAGAGAAGCAGUGUGUGAUACCUGACAACAGACUCCUUGCUUUUUGCACGAGAGAGAGACAGACACACAGAGACACACAGAGAGUGUGAGUGAGAGUGAGAGACAGAGUCAGAGAGACAGACGCGAGAACGAGAGCGAGAGCUACCAGUGCUCUCCCGGAUCUUGCACUAUCUCUGAUUAUGUCCAAUGAAGCCUCGUACUUUCCAAACCUUUGGUGUGCCGAACGUUUUAUUGUAAUGCCUGCAGUUCCGGUGCUCAUUCUCCUCACUGCCACCACUUGCUCAUGAGGCACUUCAUCUUUUGGAUUCUGCAACUAAGAGACGAGGGCUCCGCAAUUGUACACGAGGAGUAAAGACGUGAGGAGAAAAUUUGGGUUCCUUGAGGCGGUCCGCUUCCCGCUUUCAGAGACAUUCAUUGUAAUGCAAGCAGGCAAAUACAUCAGGUUAAUUUCAGUAGCAGGGGCCGGCAGAACUUCACCAAUCAUGUGCCACCAUAGCCCGUGCACCAACAGCUGCGGAUCGGGUGCCAUGGCAGUAGAUCUUUCUCUGUGUUGUCCGCCUUCGUCGAUUCCCAUUGUGUUGCCGAUUCACACAAAUGGCAUGAUGACGAAAAGAAACGAUACCGAAUCAGGAGGCAAGUGUGAGUCCACAGAUUCUGAAGAUCUUCAACGGUGGCCAACUCCCGUCGAGAUAGUGAAGGAGAUGAAAGAAUUGGGGAGCUUGGCCGGGCCCAUCGCCGUGCUGGGAAUACUGCUCUACCUGAAAGCGAUGGUGUCAAUGCUCUUCCUGGGGAAAUUGGGCGACCUCGAGUUGGCGGGAGGUUCCUUGUCGAUUGGUUUCGCCAACAUCACAGGGUACUCGGUCUUGGCAGGUCUGGCCAUGGGGAUGGAGCCCAUCUGUGGACAAGCAUUUGGAGCUAAACGGUGGAAGCUCAUGGGGCUGACUCUGCAACGCACGAUACUGGUGUUAUUCUGCGCAUGCCUGCCUAUUUCGAUCUUGUGGCUGAACAUGAGGAAAAUCCUCAUGCUCUGCGGCCAGAAUGGGGACAUUCUUUCCGUUGCGCACACGUUCCUGGUGUACUCGUUACCCGACCUAAUAGCGCAGGCCAUCCUGAAUCCCAUGCGAAUCUACUUGCGCUCGCAGCAGAUCACCACGCCCCUGACGUACUGUGCGGCGCUUGCGCUAGCGCUUCACGUGCCCAUCAACCUGCUACUGGUUGAUUGCCUCGGCUUGCAUGUGCGCGGAGUGGCGCUGUCGACGGCCUGGACCGACUUCAACGUGGUUCUUUUUCUGUUGGCCUACCUAUGGUACUCAGGGCGCUACAAGAAAACUUGGGAAGGAUGGUCCUUAGACUCUUUUCGAGAGUGGCGUCCACUUCUCCAACUGGCAAUUCCGAGCUGCGUGUCAGUGUGCCUUGAGUGGUGGUGGUACGAGUUCAUGAUCAUUUUAUCAGGUUUGCUCGUGGAUGCCCAGGCCACCGUGGCCAGCAUGGGAAUUCUCAUUCAAACCACCGCUCUGGUUUACAUUUUCCCGUCGUCCCUGAGCCUGGCGGUGUCUACGAGGGUUGGAAACGAGCUCGGAGCGAAUCGACCUGCCAAAGCUCGCACUGCCAUGCUAGUAGCUCUAGCCUGUGCCGGGGUAGUUGCAAUUAUGGCCUGCACCUUUACCACUUCGAUGCGGCAUAUUUGGGGCUCCAUGUUUACGAAAGACGCCAAAAUACUGUCUCUUGUUGCCAUGGUGCUGCCUAUUGUAGGAUUGUGUGAGUUAGGCAACUGCCCACAGACCACUGGAUGCGGGGUGCUGAGGGGAAGCGCGAGGCCAACGAGCGCGGCCAACAUCAAUCUCGGAUCGUUCUACUUGGUUGGGAUGCCGGUCGCCAUCGCCCUAGGGUUCUGGCUGGAUUUCGGUUUUGUCGGGCUUUGGUUUGGGUUACUUGCUGCCCAAGUGACGUGUGUUACGUUAAUGCUGAGUGUGCUCUUCAACACGGACUGGAACAAACAAGCGCAGCGGGCCAAAGAUUUGACUGCGCCACACUCGGACGCCAAAGUGGUGCCCUCGCUCGACGAAAGUGAUGCCGAAGAGAAUGCCACCGAGAGUUUUGUCAUAAGAUCAACCGAGGAAGCUGAGGCCGAGAAAGAUGAAGAUGAGGAAAGGGAAGCUUUGAUUUCUGUCAAAGUGGUCCAGCCACACACUGCGGACGACACUUGAAGAUGAGCGCUGGAAAUUGUGAAAUAUUCAGUGAAUUUUGUCAAGUUCACUGAUUGUACAGAGCGAGCACGGCAGCAAUAGCAGUUAUUUUCCUUACAAAGACCCCUUUAUCGACGGGUCCAUGCUAUCGCCAUCAGAUUCUUGAUCGGCAAGCGGCUUACACACAUAGUAUUGGCGACAAGUAACAACUCUGAGGUCUACAGAUUGAACAAUGAAGAAGCGAGUGUCACUCUACAGCAUAUCUGCCCUGACAAUGGGCACGCAUGCAGCCGAAAGACCAUGAUUUUUUGUCGAGGCGUUUAGAGGAGAGAGCCAAUCAGCAGCAGAUCUUAGGUUCAAAUGAUUCUUUGAGAAGUCGCAAUCCAGCGUCGUCGUCGUCGUCGACGUACUUGGCCAAGGUUCACUAGUUAGACGCACGCAUAACCACGGCCGAUUUUGCCAAACAUCCAGAUGCCGCCACUUCUCCUCCAGUUUUGGCCGGGCUCGUCUUGCAGUCUACACCUACUGUUCUGCACGCGUUCUGUCCAAGCCUGGAACAUGUGAAACAAAUUGAUAAAACAUUUUGUGAAUUAUCUGUACAAUGAUGCUGCUCUCUCUCUCUCUUUCUCUGAUUCCUUUUCUCUUUUCCUCUUUACGUCUUUCAUCCUCCCUCUCUCUCUGUUUCGUUACUCUUCUCUCUUUCUCUCACUCUCUCUCCCUCCCUCUCUCUCUGAACAUCAACACCGUGUCGAGUUGGCACACACUGCAGCACCUGUGAAACCUUUUCCCAAGGAGAUAGCGCUAAGCUUGGUCACAUCGUCACACUCCUGCCCAUGGUGACAAUAGUCUGUCGACAACCUUAGCAACGGAGUUGCAAUUUUUGGUAGAUGAGUAGCAACAUCAAUUUCCUCCACACCCCCACCAUGUUCCGCUGACGGUGCUCCGUACAGCGGUCCUGUUCUCGACAAUCGCCAAGGAUCUAUAGAUACAGUAUUUCUCCAGUUGAGCAACUGGGGAAUCCGGUAUUAGUUAGGUACAAUGUUCCGAGAGGUCUGAUG